AUGUCAUCUCAAUUUUCUGGUAGUAUUUCGGGUCCCAAUAGAGCGAUUGCUACAGGCUUACCGCCACGUCAUAAAAUCAUUGUUGGGAUAGAUUAUGGAACUACGUUUUCUGGUAUCAUCUGUGGCCUUAGCACCCUAGAAGAUAGCGAUAAACUUGAAGUUCUGUCUUUACACGCCGAUCACAGAACCGAAAUGAAGAAGGCCCCAUCCAGGAUUGCAUAUGCGCGAGAGAAUCCGAGCCUCCUAAAAUCAGACAAAUGGGGCUUUGACGUGGGACCAAAAGAGACGUCAUGUUCUUGGACGAAGCUCCUUCUAGACAAGAAUGCUGUCUUUGGAGAGGGCGACGAUAUAAUCUCAAAGAUAGUCAUCGAUGAAGGAAUGAUGCACUUGCCAUCAUACCGCGGCUGCAAAGGUGUCUGUGAGGACUUUCUCCAUGCGUUGUAUGUUUCCUUUGCUGGUUAUGCCGAAAGGACGCUUAGAGCAGACGCCUUUCGAGUGUCGCCAAUAGACUGCUGGAUUAGUUUACCAGCCAUCUGGUCUGAUGAGGCAAAGCAUGCCACCUUGAGCGCUGCCAGGAAGGCUGGAUUUGCAACAAACCCAAUGGAUCAGAUACACACAAUUGCGGAACCGGAAGCGGCAGCGAUUGCAACUUUGAAAGAGCUUGCUGCACCAGGAACUCUCAACGCUGUGCAGCGCGAUGAUAAUGUCUUGAUAUGUGAUUGCGGGGGAGGAACUGUCGAUAUUACUACAUACACAGUCACUUCGGUUGCGCCGAAGUUGACUUUUGAAGAACUUUGCGUUGGAACAGGUGGAAAAUGUGGCUCUACCUACAUUGACCGUCAUAUUCACGCUCUCCUAUCUGAUCGUUUCGGUAAUGCUUUCGAUAGCAUCCCGUAUUCUAGAAAAGGCCCGGGAAGUGUUUUGAUGAACAAUUGGGAGGUGCUUAAGAAAAGCUUCGGCAGCAACAUGGAGAAUCCUGACACCCUCGAACUAGGUCCACUGUACCUCGAUUUGCCGAGCUCGCAUCAAUAUGACAGAGAUGAGAAUGUUGUCUUCCUAUCACCAAAUGAAAUCCGUGUUCGAUCCAAUUAUCGAUCGAGUAAUCAAGCUAGUUCAGAAGCAGGUCGACCAAGCAAAGCAAAAAUCCAUCGCAUAGCUCUUGUGGGUGGAAUGGGAGCUUCAAAGUAUCUAUACAAAAGGAUAUCGUCGUGGUGUGUUUUAAAUGGAAACAUGGAGCUUCUAUGCCCUGAGCGCCCUGAUCUCGCAGUUUUAAAGGGUGCUGGAAUACGUGCACUCGAAGGACUUGCGCCUCGCAUUAAGUAUGUUCGUCGGCAUUACGGCUUCCGAAUCAGCCGUGUCUUCCGGGAAUUUAUCGAUGAGGAAAAGCACACAUACAUCGACGACUACUCAAAUCUAAAAUAUUGUGCAGGCCGAGCCAUAUGGUGUGUUUCAAAGGGCGAUGUGAUUACUGAAGGGUCGUUCCAUUCAGAAGGUUGUUCGUCCCUCUACAGCCCUGGUAAAGCCAUCAAGUCUACGAUUGAACUUUAUUCAUGCGAAGGAGAUCAACAGCCUGAUAUGAUGGAUGAUCCACGCGUCAAGAGCGUUGGCAAAAUACCUUACAACUUCCCCGCAGAUUUUAACUUCGGCAUGGACAGCAAGUCAAGAUUCAACCAGCGCCUCGACAAGAUGGUUCAUGAGUUCCAUUUUCAAAUCCAAAGUUAUAUUUGGUGA